AUGCGAAAGGUCGAAAUCAAUGAGACCAACAUGACUGUGUCGUUUGAGGGGGGAUGUGUGUGGGCCGACAUUGACAAGCCAUUAGAGGCCCGCGGAUUAGCUGUCGUCGGGGGUGCAGUCAACCACACCGGGGUUGGGGGGCUGAUCCUGGGUGGUGGCCAUGGAUGGCUGACAGCGAAGCAUGGCCUCGCGAUCGACAACCUCUUAGAAGUCCAGAUCGUUACGGCCGAUGGGUGCAUCCUUGAAGCCUCUGAAACAGAAAGUGAAGACCUGUUUUGGGCCGUCCGCGGAGCUGGGGCGCAGCUUGGCGUCGUAACGCGAUUUCUGUACCGUAUCCACCACCAAGAAGAGGUAUGGAGCGGGAUCCUCGUCUUUGCACCGGAUUCCCUACCUGAACUUGUGGCAUUCGCAAACGAGUUCCACAACCGAGCUAAUCGCGAAGGUCAUUGCUUGACUAUCGGCGUGGGGCACACGCUGGAUGGAACAACCCGUAUCCUCACUGCUGUCCCACUUUAUCAGGGUUCGGAUGGGGAAGCCAAGGGCUACUUCUCAGGACUGCUUGACAUGAAACCUAUCACGAACUCAACUAGAAUGAUGUCCAUCGCCGAAGUCAACACCUUACAGAACCCAUUGUGCGAAUACGGAAUGCGCCGUCACCAAGGCUCUGCGAAUGUCACGAUGCCCCUGCAAAUAGAAGCUUUUCAGCGAAUGGCGGAUAUGGUCUGGUCGUUCCAUGAUGACCAUCCGAAUGUUACUGUUUGCUCCAUGGCAGUGGAACUUUUCUCCACCCACAAGCUACGCGAAGUUCCCCAGCAUGCUACUGUAUACGCCAAUCGCGGGGCGUACUAUGAUGUUGUUACCAUCUUUGGAUGGACUGAUCCCAAUCUUGAUGUGGCUGUUCGUCGAUUUAACGCGAAGUUAUGCGCGACGAUACGGAAUGUCAACGGAUAUGAGCGUCAAUGUCACGGUGAAGGGGACCAUCCCGAGAAAGGGCCAGUGGGGCGUUAUCUGAAUAUGGAGAACGAGCCGGUAAAGCCUACUGACGCAUAUGGAGAAAAUUUGGAGAGGCUGAGGAUGGUGAAGAAUAGGUAUGAUCAGGAGAACAUUUUUCAUAAGUGGCAUGGCGUGGUCGGUGGAGAUUGCGGGAAAUGA